CAGCGUGUGCCGCCGGGCAGGGCCGGGCAGGGCAGGGCCAGCAGGGCAGGGCGCAGCGGGCGGCGCUCCGGUCCCCUCCGCAGCGCCGUCGCGGCGGGGCCCGCAACCGUCCCGUCCCGUUCUGCCGCCGGGACCAUGCGGCGGGCGCUGCGCCGUCGCGGAGCUCUGCUCGUCUGGCUCUCUCUGGGGACGCUGCUCGCCCUCGCCGACGCCAAGGGCACCUUCUAUCCUCCCGCCGCUCCCUUGCCCUACGGCGGCAGGUACAGCCUCUACACGGCCGGUUCCAGCCCGCAGCUCGGCCCCGGCAAGCCCGUGGGCAAGCACAAGAGCUACUGUGCCUACGUGGUGCAGCGCAAUGUGACGUGCAUGCUGCAGGAUGGGGCUGAGAGCUACGUCAAGGCUGAGUACCACAAGUGCAGCUGGGGACCCAAGUGCCCAGGGAAAGUGCUGUACCGCACCUUCUUCAGACCCAAAUACAAGAUUGGCUACAAGACAGUGACUGAGCUGGCCUGGAGGUGUUGCCCAGGCUUCAUGGGAGAAGGGUGUCACGACAGCCCGACCGACCAGCCCGGCCUCCUGCCCCAACAUCCCAGCCCUAAAAUGCCUCCGGGGCAAAAGAUGUUUCCAAUCCCCAGACUGCCUCCCCAUCCAAAAAGCCACCCUGACCUGUUCCCAGGACCAAAGAAGAAUCAGUAUGGCAGGAAGCUGCCCAGUCUCUUUGGGGACCGCCUGGACCGGCUGGAGGAGGAGGUGAGACGCCUUUCCCAGUCCUACGACAGCCUGCACACCAUGGUGAGUGGCCUGGGGGACCGCCUGCGCCUGGCCAUCCAGGAGGACACCACCAAGAUGAUCGGCUCCCUGAUGAACAGCCCGGGCGCGCCUGACUCAACUGUGGGUUUUGGCAUCAUUCCUGAUGGCCUGGUGGACGUGGCGGACAAAGCCGACAUUGCCACUUACCCUCCCGUGGGUGAGAUCCUGACCAAAGUGACGGAGGUGAGCGACGUGCUGAAAACCAAGGCAGAUUUGCUGCACGAGGUUCGCGGCAUGGUCCUGGACCACGACGGGCAGAUCAAGCAUCUUCUGGAGUCAGCGCGGCCCUCGCCCCUCACCUCCAUUGACCUGCUGGAGGAGUACGUGGACACGCGGCUGAGCAACCUGCGCGGAGAGCUGCUUGACGGCUUCGAGAAGAAGCUGGGCAAGAUCCAGACCACGUGUGAUUUCCGGCUCCAAGAGGUGCGGCAGCAGUGCGAGGAGGAGAAAGCUGCCAACCUGCGGCUGCAGCAAACGCUGGAUGGGAAGGAGCUAGAGAUCAAGAAAGAGAUCUCCCAGCUGGAGACCCAGAUCCAAGGGCUGACGGUGGUGGAAAGCUGCUGCAGCAACCUGGACUACCUCACCGAUCGCAUGAACAUCCUUGAGAAAGGCCUUCACAGCAUCUCCGAGUCCCAGAAGAAUUUGCACUCACAGCUGAAUGGAGAAAUCUCCACUGUCACUCUAGGGAACCUUUUUGAAGGGCGCUUUGAGGACCUGGAAGCCAGACUCAAUGCUACAGAGAGAGAAACAGGGAGCUGCUGCUCUGGUAUAGAGGACAGCAUGAGAGGCACGGUGGUGGCAGAGGUGGAUGGCAUGAGGACUGCCUUCGAAGACAAAAUGCAGACCCUGGAGGACAGGUUCAUGACCAUCGUGGGGGAGCUGAACAAUGUCAGUUCUCCCAUGGGCAUGGAUGGAGCGGUGGUGCCCGUGUUGGAGGGAGAGCUUGCCAGCAUGAGGAAACGCACGGAUAAGACACUGGAGGUGUUGCAGAACCGCCUCAUCACGCUGGAGAACACUUGUUCCCUAGGCUGCUCCUCCGCCUCCAAAGAUGUGGAAACCUUCCGGACAGAGAUCGAAGACUGCCAGAACAAGAACCAGGACCUGCUUCUCCGGAUGGACAGCAAUUACGACCUCUUGCGCAAGCUGAACGCCACCAUCCUGGAGAUCCAGCGGCGAAUCGAGGAGGAAGCAUCAGGGGCUUUGCAAGGGGAGAUCACCUUGCUAAAGAUCAACCUGAACACCGUGAGCAAGUCUCUGACAGGGCUCAAGGACUCUGUCUCCCAGUACUCAGACACUAUGUCACACGUCAACUCCUCGCUGGAUGAGCACGAGCGGAAGAUCGAGGAUGAGGUCCACUCCAUCCAGGAGAAAAUCAAUGACCAAGGCUCCCAGCUCUUCUUCAGCAACCGGCGUGUCCUGAACCUCAAGGGAGACUUGGAACGACUCAAAGCCAGGAUCAUCAGUGACCUGAGCUCCUGCAAGAGUGUGGGCCAUGAUCUGCAGCAGGAAAUCGCCCACUUUGAUGAGCGAGUGGCUCGGGUGGAGAACAUCUGUGGCCGGCUGGGUGCCGUCACGGGGAGUCUGGAUGGCAUCAGGGACGAACUGGAGAAACACACAGGCAGUUUGUGGGACUACAUGGACCACAUGAACGGGACCCUGGCUACCCACUCUCAGGAAAUAACGGGACUGAAGGACAACCUGCUCGACUGCCAAGCCAAGGUCUCCGAGCUGUCGGAGCAGGUCAGCCACUUGGAAGAGCGGGCAGAGGGGCAGCAGCUUCCUGCUCCUCCCCACGAAGGACAGGAUUAACUUAUAUCACACAGACUCGCUCCAAUGUGACAACAGCUCUUGGGAUAUUUUUUUUUUAAUGAAAAGGUAAAUUAAAAGCUGCUACAAACCUUUUUUUUUUUUGAAAAAAAAAUCUCGCUGGCCCCACUUUUCCAUAACUCCUAACUCUGUUAGGGUAGUCACCUCCCAACGCCCAGCAGCUGGGUCUCUGCCUCCUGGCCGGGGGCGUUGCUUCGUUGCUUUGGCUCCUGGGCUGACGACCCCAGAAGGAUAAUUCAGGAGGAAGCUGGAGACGGGAACGCUUUUUUCAUUUUUGUUUUUUUUUUUUCAAUUUUAUUUUUGAGGAUUUAUCGCUUCUUGGAGAACACAACCCUAUAGUUGUCAGUUGAGGAAUGGAGUUUCUCUGACCUAAAGACCACCUGUGUCUUAAUGCAGGGACUGAGCAGAGCCAGAGCUCCUUAUGGGGAACAAAACUCACCCCAGGAAUUGUGGAUUUCAAAGAACACAUGUAUUCACACAUCCCCCUGGGAACUGCCUUCCCCUCUCCGAGACAACAGCCCUCCUCGUGUAUGGUAAAUCCAUUUAUCCUGUUCCCUCCUUCAUGCAAACACACAUGCCUUAUGGAGCAUAUGAGGAUACGCGUUGGGAAAACACACUAUGCAUAUAUAUAUAUAUGUGGCAUAUAUAUAUAUAUAUAUGUAUGUAUUUUUGAACAAUCCACUGUCAUGGUGCUCAUUCAAUUUCCACGUUUCCUCUUGCUGCCCCCACCUCCCUUGCCGUAUUUUGGAGAAUCUCGCUGAGCAGCUACAACCCACUGCACCAGCAUUUGGGGACAGGUCCUGUGGGGGGGUCGAGUGCAUCUGCCACAGGGGCUACCGGGCUUUGUACCCUCUCUGUGGUGACACCUGGGACUGACACGAAGGGGUGUGGAAAACUUGUGUCUUCCCCAAAGACACAUGUGUGUCUCUGCUGGACACGGAGUAGUCCCUCCCUCCAGCUCUAGUUCUCUCCUGUUUUUGUUUCUCAAACUGUGAAUGCGGUUUCCCUCAUCUCAGCCCAGGGCAGGAGAGCUGCAGCCACUCCAGGGUGUGAGAAAGAGGCCUUAGCCGCAUCCUCCUCAUGUUCCUCUGAGCCCACUGGGCUGCCACAGCCCCAGGGCCCCGCACUGACGUGCAGCGCUGGGGACAGGGAGCAGGGCAGCUCUCCAGACCUCUCCUCAGCCUGGGAACGGCAAAAUUAUUUUCUCAGCUUGGCUCUAGUUUUCCAUGACCAUGCAGGCUGGAGGAGGCUGGACAUGUUCCUCAGCAACUCCAGCCUUGCCCUACGGAGCUGGCACCUGGACUGCGUGGCUGUCGCACACAAAACCCACCUCACCUGGGGAGCCCGGCAUGGGCGUCCUCUGCUGCUCAGCCAACGGGGACUUCAUUACCAGAAAGGAUGAAGAGGAAAUUAAAGAGCCUCCAUCUUAACAGCUCUGGCACUUUAUAGCAGAGGAACAUAUUUUCUAGCAGCUCAACAUUGCAGCUCACCAAGCCCUCCCACGCCAGCCAGCCUCCAGCUCCCACCUCAUGCCCAUCACCCUCAACUGGUCAUCCCUGCUCUUCUGCACCCCAGUUCUGCCCCUGCUCCAACCAGCUCAAAGCAGCACCAGCUCCCAGCAGAGAUGCAUCCAGCUGCAUUUGCUCCCCUGUUUCCUCCCAGAAAAACUGGAAGAUCUCCCUGAAGCAGAUGCUUCCAGGCUGGGGAGAACCACAGGGAUCACCGAGUCCAUUUGGCUGCAUCAUGUUACCCUGAUGUGGUAAACACUCUUUCCUUUGCCAGAGGAGCAUGGGCCAUCAGCCGUAGGAGUAGAGAGAGCUGUAGGAGGGAGAAGGGGCCUGAGGUCCCACCGCUCACUGAGCCCCACCGGAUGCUCGCAGCACCAGGAUCCGCUCGCUGCUCUGGGAUUUGCUGUUUUGGAGCUAUGCUGCAGCUGCUGAGACACUUCUCCAGUAGAGAAGCAACCUCCAGCUGCCUUCAGGCACCCUGCAAAACCUGCUCUUAGACAAAAAAGAAGCUAUUUCGUUUCCCUCAGCCCAUGGAAGGAGUCUCAAGUCAGCCCUUGGUACUUUGCAAUGGAGCAUCCUGCCCACCUCCCCACGUCCUCUCACAACAGGGAGAAAAAGGGCUGCAACAACCAAAGAGAAAAUGAAGCCAAGGGCCAGGCUCAGCACUUCCCAUGCCUGGGGUAGAGAACAGCUGAACAGCACCAGUUUCCUCCAGUACAGAGGGAGCUGGGACUGGCCAUAACUAAACUAGGACAAGGAAGAAGUCUGACCUUCCAGAAAAUGGUGCUAUGUUUGAACUAUUCCUGACUAGUCACUUGAAGCUAUGGACAGCUUGUAUUACAGUUCUCAGCUAUUCAUGUUUAAAAAGUGAAAUGAACUUGGUACAAAAGAGGGCAUUUUUAAAAAAUUUUGGCUUGCUGAGAGGGAAGGAGAUUGUGCCUGUGUGGUUGUCUUUGCAUGGGCAGCUUUCCGAGGCAGUUGCUAACUGAUCCUGGUAAAAGGCUGUGGUUUAUUGUUUUUAAAACCUUGUACAUUUGUUCAGAUUUUAAAAGCUGAAAAAGUGUUUGUACUGGAAAAAAAAAAAAAAUAUAAAGUAUUUCUUGCUGAGGUUUCCA